AUGGAUCCCAGCAUGCUUCCUCUGGGCUUCACAUUUUGCCCCACCGACGAGGAACUUUUGGGUUACUAUCUCUUUAAUAAAGUUUUGGGAGAACAAGCUCCUUUACUUGAGUUGCCGGUGAUCGAUCUUUACAUCCAUGAACCAUCUGAAAUAUGGCAAAAAUGUGGAGGGGUUGAUAAGCAAGAUGUCUAUUUUUUCACCACCCUCAAGAAAAAGAAAUCUCGUAUCAUUCGAAAAGUCGGUUCCAAUGGCAAUACAUGGAGUUGUGAAAAUAGAGCACAACAAGUAUUUUCUUCAACUAUUGAUCAUCUCCUCCUUGGCAGUGUGAAAAGGUUUCAUUACCAAAAACCUAAAGCAAAAGAUUGCACUGAUAUUAAUGAUUGUACAUGGAUCAUGUACGAGUAUACCCUUGAUCCAUCUAUUGUACCAAAGGGCUUAGUGCAUGACUCCUAUGUACUUUGUAUGAUUCGAAAAAAGAUAGCCAAAUCACAAAAAAUAGUCAUGACCUCAAAGAAAAGACAAAUAUCAAGUAAUUGGCCAACAACAAGUAUGCAUGUAGAUGAUCAAACCCACAAACAUAGAAGAUUAGAAGAGAAUGAUGUGGUUGACUUGCAAAAGGAAUAUUGUUGCAUUGAUGCUCCUAGGCCUAUUGAAUGUCCAACAACGACACAAAUGGAAUCAUGUAAUCAAGGUUUAUCAAAUGAUGAUCACUUAAUAUUUGCAAAAGAAAUUGAGAUGGAAAUUGAACGAUGCAACAAUGUGGAAUUAUCAAAUGUUGAAGAUGGUUUGAUCAUGACAAGAUUAGAAGAGAAAGAUGUGGUUGACUUGCAAAAAGAAUGUUGCAUUGAUGUUGCUAUUGGAUGUCCGAUAGAAUUAUGUCGUCAAGAUUUAUCAAAUGAUGACGAUUUAAUAUUUGCAAAAGCGAUUGAGAAUGAAAUUGAGCGAUACAACAACAUGGAACAAUCAAAUGUUGAAGAUGGUUCGAAUUAUGAUAAUGAGUGGUAUUUCAGAUGAUGAUCACCAACUACAUUGUA